UACUUUUUGUGUGAAAGGUCGGGCACAUUUCUCCCCGGGUCUAUCGUCGUUUAAACUGUAAUGAAUGAAAUUGUAGUUUUUUUUUCAAAUUGAGCACCUACUAUCAACAUUUUGGACCUCUUAAAUCUCCGUGGGUUUGGUUUGAUUGUGUCGAUAAUCUAAUUUCAAGAGCAACGUUUGUGACAUAUUAGCACGAGAUGGCUGGAAUUCUGUUUGAAGAUAUCUUUGAUGUAAAAGACAUCGAUCCAGAUGGCAAGAAAUUUGACAGAGUGUCUCGACUACAUUGUGAAAGUGAAUCUUUCAAGAUGGACCUUAUCUUGGAUGUGAACAUUCAGAUAUACCCUGUUGAUCUUGGUGACAAGUUUAGGCUUGUAAUUGCCAGCACUCUGUACGAGGAUGGAACACCAGAUGAUGGCGAGUACAACCCUCAGGAUGAUCGACCGUCUCGAGCAGACCAGUUUGAGUAUGUGAUGUAUGGAAAGGUGUACAAGAUUGAAGGGGAUGAAACCUCAACAGAAGCGGCUACACGUCUGUCUGCUUAUGUGUCUUAUGGAGGCCUACUUAUGAGGCUGCAGGGAGACGCCAACAACCUUCAUGGCUUUGAAGUGGACUCCAGAGUCUACCUGCUCAUGAAAAAGCUGGCCUUCUGAACACCAUUCUGCUCACACACUGACUGGCAACUAGUGUUAACUUUCUUUGAAGAAACAGUAAAAUUCUCAUACCUCAGUUUGGAGCUCAUGGCAACUUACAGACGGUGAAAGUGGAUUCUGUUGGAAAACCUUUUUUGGAAACAUUUUUUAUUUGUGUCGGUUGAUGAAAAUCUUCCUAUUAAGAUGAAAUGCAGACUGAAGACUUUCAAAGACCUGCUGCCAUCUUAUGCAUAAACAUUGUAAAUAAAUA